GGAGCUCACUACAUACAGAUUUUAUUACAAGACCCGGAGGCUCGUAUUGCUAUUCUCCUUCUUUACGCUGACCAAUAGCAGCAAAGAAAAUAUUGAAACAUGUGAUCAGCCCCUCCACAUAGUCCCAGUAUAACAGGCCACUCCGCCUGCAAAACCUCCUCUUUCUUUGCUGCUGACGCAGAGAUAAGUACUUUUGAUUGAUGUCUGAUUGACUGUUCUCUUUUAUAUUGUUUUUUCCCUUUACCGGAUUGUUGGUAUUUCUGUUGUCUUUGCAGGUAUUUUAUUGGGUUAUUUCUCCCUUAUUACCUUGUGCCUUUACUUCUAUAGGCACUUCUCUGGUGACCCUGUUCCAGGGGAACCUCUAUUCCUAGGUGCUAUUGUAUAUCUACUGUAUAUCUAUAUUUAGGUGGUAAUUUUCGGCUUGCUGGGCUGGGUUUUCAGUCCGCUCGCUCCCCCUCUGUUCCCCCUCCCCCCUGGUGUUUGUUCACCUUUCAUCUCGCCGCCGGCUGUCUUCCCUGCUGCUGCUUCGCGCCGCCCGAGACCUCGCGAGAUCUCGGGCACUUCCGCUUCCGGUCUUCUCAGUGCGGCGCUCCGGAGCUCGGCGGCCUCUGCUCUGCCUGGGAUUGCUUUCUUUUGCAGGUUUUUUCUCUGUCCCCAUCUGUUAUUACUCCCUGGCUGGGGAAAAUACCUCUUACCAGUGGAGUCGGUAGUUUUAUAAUUCAAAGAGCCGAGUAGCGGUGUGGUUAACCCUUGCUACCUACAUUAUUGUGGUUAACCCUUGCUACCUACAUUAUUAUUAGAGGCAGGCUGUAUAGCAAAUCCUCAUUAUGCCCAAUACAGAUUACAGUGGGCAGGGCCCAGUUGAGGAGGAUAUUUCCCAAGUUGAAUUAACCCCUUCUGGGGAUGAUUGUCAAACAGUAAUGGCCCCUGCGGAUCAUUCCCUGGCCUUUCAGACAUCAUUGUCUAAUGCUAUUGCUGCGGCUAUGGGAUCAAUGACUUCGGUCAUAUCCCAGUCCAUUGCCCAGGCCCUUGCUACCCAUCCAGCUGCCUCACCUACCCCGCAGCCCGCUAUGGUUCCUAAACCAGCCGGGCCAGGGCCUGCCUCCAGAAAACGUUUGUCUGGUGACGAUGUUUCCACCAAUGUUGGCGCGCUAGGUCCGCGCAAAAGAGCCUGUACGCGUCAGGCAGAACGUACGCGAAAUUGGAAAUGUGCUAGAGCACAGCAGGAUGCGGCUUCCGACUCUGAGCUCGGAUCCGAUGAGGAGGCUAUAGAUGACGCCUUUGAGGAGGCAGAGGAGGACCCCUCUGGGGUCAUAGAUUCUAACCCCCUACCCGGGUGCAGGUCCCUGGUUACAGCGGCAGAUGUAUUUCCUGCUUCCUUGACAGAUCCCUCCGGGGAACCUCUGUUUGACCCGGAUUCUCUCCACCACCCUCGGUCGGCGGAGUGGUUGCCGCUGGAUCAUGUAUCCAAAUACUUGGAGGCUCGUGUGCGUUGCCCCCUCUCCAAAGAGGCACGCAACAAGCUCAGGGCAGAAUGCCCCAGACCCAUAGUUCCCAAUAGGGUUUGCGAGACUCCGGCAGUAGACCCCAAAAUUACCCAGUUCCUCACCAAAUCCGGGUGGAAUCCGAGAAAGGGUCUGGAGUCGGCUCUGCGCUCUUGUCAGGACAAGCUCCUCGACAUAUUUGGCCCCCUGGCAAAGAUAUUCGAUUUGGCCGAGGCUGCCAAGGCUGAGGAUAGGCAGGUAGAGCCUCUUGAGCUGCGCGAGUGGGUUCAGCGCGCAAUUUGCAUAGCGGGAAACGUUAAUACGUCCCUGGCUAUUGAGCGGCGCAAGGCCAUACUAUUUAAGAUUGAGCCUAAACUGUCCAACUUGGCGCUUACAGAAGCUGGUAAGGAGGCCCAGGGCCUGUUGUUUGGCGAGUCCUUUAUAAAGGACCUGGGACGGUUUGUCGGUGCCUUCACAGCACUUGAUAAAGCCCAGAGUUCUAUGAAGCGGGUGUUUCACGGUAGGGUCUCUACCAGGGCCGGCAGUUUCAGGGGCCGUCUGUCCGGCCGCGCCCAUUUUCAAUCCCGUGGACGGGCCGAGGCUCCUUCUCCCAGAGACCUGCAUUCCAGGAGCAAAGGCGAGAGGCACCAUCUUUUUUCCCUUCCCGGGGAGGAUCCUGGCGGUCUAGAGGCUACAGAGGAAACCCUGGUUCCAGACGACCUUACGGUUGAGACCGGCCUGGUGUGCUGUAUCCAUUGGUCUACGUCGUCGGCAGUUCGGUUCCAGCCGAUCGUUUGAUGUGGACAGGACGAGGAGCAUCCUGCGGUGUUGUUUCCAGUUGUUCCCGGUUCGCUUCCGGAUGGAAGACGUUUUUUUCCCAUGAUGUUCUGGGACUCUUGGUUUCGGAGGUUUUGCAGGCGGAGUUGCCUGUUAUACUGGGACUAUGAGGAGGGGCUGAUCACAUGUUUCAAUAUUUUCUUUGCUGCUAUUGGUCAGAGUAAAGAAGGAGAAUAGCAAUACUCGCCUCCGUGUCUUUAAUAAAAUCAUGACUUUACGUCAUGAAAUAGGAAA